AUGGCGAUCCCAGCAGUAUCAAUUGCUUUAUAUUGGGGCUCCACACAACUAAAAGUACGUCCAAUCUUAAGCACUACAGAAAAUCAAUGCAUCUUGGUCUUCGGCGAUAUGAGAGAUCCCAUCAUUAGAGGACAAGUCAUGGAUCUUUACAGACGUGGCUUCACUCUCUUUGUGUGUCUCGAAAAUGCUGGUACCUAUAAAACGCAUAACGAUGAAGAUGACUUUUUGAACUAUAUCGAUCCCAAAUCAACAUCCGAUUGGGCAAAAUUCUCCGAAUUCUUUAGGAAAUUCCCGACUAAUACUUUAUCCGCUAUACUUCUGAUACCUAAGCUUUCCUAUCACCCAACUGGACAAGUUACUUUAGAACAGUUGGAAAAUGAACUCCAUUCUAACGUUUUGAUAUAUUACAGUACUCUUGUGGCCAUCAGCCCUCACUUACCGCAAAACUCCAACUCAAAUAGAAUUCCAACUUUAAUAUACAACCCCUCAUUAUCAGUAAAUAUGAAAAAUGUUGAGCAUCCUGUUGAAUGGCUAAUAUCUGGUUUAAUGACCACUAUUUUUGAAGAGCUCAAGCACUCACAUAUUUUCGAUCCUUACAUGAUUAAUGUUGGUCUUUUCCAAUUAGGUGGUCAACUAUCAAAUUACAAAUAUCUUAAUGUCAAAGGCUCUAACAUUUACAAUGACCUGUAUUGGCCAAUAUACUGUUUUAUUAAAAUGAAAGGAGGUAAUACAUUUCAGAAAUUACAUGUAGCUAUAUGCUCACUAUUUGGCUUGAAGAGAACGUUUUAUUUGGGUAAAUUCAGUUAUCUUUUUACCUUACCAUUUACAUCAAAGCUAUACAAAUUGUUGAAUGAAUGGUACGUGCUAUGA